GCUGCUGCCGCUGCGCUGUCCAGCACUGAGAGCGUUCAGCACCGCGAGCGGAGGACAGCUCCCGACCCUCCGACAAAAACACCGCAGACCGCCGCAGAAGCGCUUCAGCCAGCCUCGUCUACAUCCACACGACCAACCGAGUGCCGUGGCCAUGUACGAUGGGGCGAGGGUUCCCUCCCCUGAGGACACCGCUAACGGGGUCCCCCUGCAGCCCGAGACACCCGCGGCCACACAUCCCAAAGCCGACGAGCAGCCGGAGGAGGAAGAGGGAGUCCCACCUGAGCCUGUCCUGGUGAAGAAGGCUCACCGUGAGAUUCUGGACCAUGAGAGGAAGAGGAGGGUGGAGCUGAAAUGCAUGGAGCUUCAGGAGAUGAUGGAGGAACAGGGAUAUUCCGAAGAAGAAAUCCGGCAGAAGGUUGGAACGUUUCGGCAGAUGCUGAUGGAGAAGGAGGGUGUGAUAACUCGAGAAGGCUUGCACCCACGUCCACCGGUUAGGCUGCUUCCUCACGGGGAUGAAGAUCACGUGGAAAAUGCUGCGUACAUCAAGGGCUAUGAGGAAGACUGUGAUUGGGAUGGAGAAUAUUACGAGCGAGAUUCAGCUGCCUACGAUGACUGCAGAACCAAGAGGAAAUCCAGCAGUUCACCUUCCCCUCGGCCAAAAAAGAGGAAAAAGAAGAAGGCAAGAAGGCACAGUCGAGCUGACAGCCCAUCUCCAACCCGCAGAGACAAGAGGAAGAAAAGCGGAAAGAAACACAAAAGAGACAGGUCCACAUCUGGCUCAAGGAGGAAGAGGAGACACAGAUCUGGGAGCCCCAAAAACAAACACAAAGACAAGAGCAAACAGAAGAAGAGGUGUUCAGUGGAGUCUCCCAGCAGGAGUUCUCAGCACAGAGGCAGCUGCUGUAGUUCCCGCAGCGGAUCCGUCUCCUCCACCGCCAGCGUCUCCAAAUCACCCAGCAGAUCAAGUGCAAAGUGCAGGAACGACAGGCACAAACAGGAAGGAAGUCACCCCAGCCACAGCCCACUGCCGUCCCCCAGCACUGACCAGCCAAUCACGUGGCAGAAUGGGAACCACAGCGUCCGUGUACGCAAUGGCAAAGAUUCAGGAGCCAAUCACACGGAGGGGAAUAAAGGGAACGAUAAGCUUCGAUCUCUGGCUCCAUCUCCCUCGAGCACGCAGACGCAUGCGUCGCCUCAUCUAAGAGGUGCUAAACACCACGCCGACCGUCUCAAGAGCCCCGGAGGACCAGCGGUGCAGACGGGAGAGGACGGCUGCGCAGACGACAGGCCAGCGAUGGGCAAACCGCUCUCAGAGUCAUCGGGGAGACGCGGCGGUAGGCCGAGGGUUCGAGAGAAGACGUCGCACUCGCCGGCACACAGCAGUGACACUGAGCCACACACCAAAACCAAGAAUCAGAAGAAAACGAAAGGAUCUCAUUCGUCUAAGCGGCACCAUCGCGGACGCGGUCAGAAUCGCCACCGGAGUUCCUCUGUGUCGCCGGGUCGGCACAAACACACGUCCAAAAAGAAGAAGAGCAAGAGUCACGGGACGGCCCGGCAGAGGAGCAGCUCCUGGAGCAGCGGGAGGUCGUCGUCACGAGCCCAUUCUAGAGAACGCGGAUCCAGCAAGAACAAAUCACCACACGUCCGUCAGAACAACUCCAGGGAGAGAGACAGUCCUCAUCACUCGGAUGCAGAACGAGCUCGCCGCCGCUCGCGUAGCUAUUCUCCCAUCCGCAAGAGACGGAGAGACUCGCCCAGCUUUAUGGAGGCUCGCAGGAUCACCAGCGCACGGAAGCGUCCCAUCCCGUACUAUCGGCCGAGCCCGUCCUCUUCCAGCUCGGCCAGCAGCUACAGCAGCUCCAGUCGCAGUCGCAGCCGCAGCCGCAGCUACUACAGCUACAGCAGUUACAGCAGCUACAGCCACAGUCGCAGCCCGAGCCCCGCGCACAGUUACUACAGCCAAAGCAGCUACGACAGCCCCGGAUUCUGAGACCCAGUGAAGGUACGGAGGAGACGAAACAAACAUCGCAGCCACGCAGGAUGCCGCAGGAUCUGUGUUGGAGGAAACACUAUAUAACGUGCAGAUGUAGUGCAGCGGGUAUCAGGGUUUCCGGAGGGUUACCUGACAGGACGCUCCAUACAUACAUGUUAGCAUGCAAAAACUGAAUAGAAAUGAUAAGAUAUGUUAAAGGUGAAGUGGGUAAUUGCACUGCAAAAAAUGAUUUUUUUACUUAGUAUUUCUGUCUUGUAUUACAGUACAAAUGUAUAUCCAGUACAAACAUUAUUAAAUCAAAAUACAAUUACUUGAGGGUAAAAUGAACAAAAUGCAAAAUGUUUUAUGAAAAAGAUUGUCAAAUUGUUAAAAACCAGAAAACAUAUCUGCCAUUAGGGUCUGAAAAAAAACUAAGAAAACAAGACUUAUAUCUUACUUCAUUUUGCUUCUUAAAAUUAAAUUUGCUAAAAUUAAAUCCAUUUAAUUUAAAAAUAUUUACACAUUUAUACUGAAAAAUAAGACAAAAAUACUGAUUAAGAAAAUCAUUUUUUGCUGUUUAUUUGUUUAUUUUAUUUAUUUAUUUAUUUUUUUGGUAUGUCUGACUCAAACUUGGCUAUAUUUAUUAUAUUUAAUAUAUUUAAUAUUAUAUUUAAGACAAAACAUGCUUAUUUUAUGACCUCAUGAUGCAGAAAUCACACCCUUCACCUUUAACAUAGGCUUUGUUCAGUCAGAAAGCAAAAAUCAUUAUUAAUUUUAUUUUUAUUUCUUAAUUUAUUUAUUUAUUUAUUGGUGUAUCUGACUCAAAUCCACUCUGUCCAAUUUUUUAUACUUUAAACAACAUUUAAAAAAAAGCGUAAUAUCAGAUUUUUCCAUCCUUUCCUUCCACAAAGGAAGGAACUUUCCUUCCACAGUGACUUUUAAAAUAAUUUUUAAAAAGACGUUAUAUCAGUAUGGUAAAUUAUGUAGAUACACCAGAUAUAAUGCAUAAACUACACUGUCUGAUCAAACACGUCUGAUGAGAAAUGACAUGCAGACUUGAAGAGUGGAUUUGAGUGUUCAGUGUGAACAAAAGCAUUUUAGUAAGUUAAUUGGGAAAUAACUGCAAACAAUAUAUUUGACGUUACACAAUAAAACACGGGCAGUCUGUACAGAUUAAAAUCAGCCGCUCAUUUUACUCACCAAGAGUUGCUGACUAACGUCAAAUACUGUAAGAUGCUGACACACACACACACACUUAUGAUGCUGUCAGCAUUCAAUGUUACAAAUAGAUCCAGUGUCUCUAUUUAAAGACUAAAAGGCCUGAAGAACAAAGAUGAGAUGAGCACUUUUUCCUGAAAUUCUUCCACGCUGCAAAAAUAACCAAAAAACUGGGUUAACAAUGAGAGACUAAUGUGAUGGAGUCUAAAACGUUCUCCAAAUCAAGAGACUUUAUUCCUACAGUGAAGAUUCAGACUCAACUUGAUGAAUGAAAGCAAGAACAAAUGAUUCGGUUUUACUGUAGCUUAUGAUUUGGGUGAAUCUCAUAAAGAAAUGUCCACAUCGUAAAGAAAUACACACACACACACACACACAUUAAUAGUACUUAUACAAUGUUUUAUUUAGGCUACUGACAGUUUGGUGGUUUGAUAAUCUUUAAUUAUUUAUUAUUGAAUUAUGUUUAAAAAGAUUUUAAAAAUACAUGCUUUGUUUACUUUUAUUAUGCAAAUUGAAUUUGUCUUUUUUCCUAUUUUUAAAUAAUUUAUUUAUUUAUUGAUGAUUGGAUGGUUUAAAUGUAUAUAAUAAUACAAAUAAAAAACAAAAAUCUUUUUUAUGCAAUUUUUUUUUUUUUUUUUUUUUUUGACUGACAGUUUUUGUGAGAUUCACCCAAUUAGUAUUUUAAAAAAACUCAUGUUUUUUCAAGAAGUUGUAUUAUAAUGAUUGUAUUUCAGGAUGUUUCAGUUUGAAUAUUUACGCUGCAAGUUUUGGCUGUAAACUAUGCACUGUAUAUUCCAAGUUCUAUAGCGGAUUAUAUAAAGGCUUUGUAUGUGGAAAAGCUUGGCAUGAUGCAGAGGAGAGGCUGCGUUUCUGGGUGUCAGUCCUUUACUCUCCGAUCUCUUUGGAAAAUCCAUAUCUGAUGCACCUAUAAUGCCAUUCCAUUUUGGAGAUGUGAUAUUUCUUAUUAUAUACAGUAUUCCACUUCUAUUUUGGCUGUGUUUAGUGCAUAUAAAUAGAGCUUUGUGUUAUAUAGACACCAUGUACAGUUCUGAUCUCUGCUGUUUUUAAACUCGCGUCUCUAGUGUAGGUGCACUUUCCUGAAACCAGGCUGCAAAAAUAUACACGCACACGUCUUUUUCAGCAUAUUUAUUCUAUUUAUUCAGUGACUUAUUCAUGUGAUGCUAUUUAUUUAUUAUUUGUUGUAUAUUUUUUUGUUAUUUAUGAAUUUUUGGCUCUGAGAAACUGUUUUUAUAAGGACUUUUCUGUUCGCAAAGUACUUUGGAAACACAUUUUGGAUCAUUUGCAAUGACAAGCUUCUGCGUUCUUUAAAGUCAACAUGAAAUCAGAAUUGAUUCAAUUUACUUUCUUAAUGCCUCUGGUCGUAUAUGAUUCAUGAAAAAAUGGUCUUUAUUAUUUUUCAUCUCUGAAACAACUUCAAAAAUACAUUUUACCUCUCAAGCAUCUGCCAACUUCAUCGUCCAAUUAAUUCCUGAUGCAUUUUCUAUCUUGCAUUUUUCUAUAAUUCAAAAAGUUGGUGCAGUCUGAAGUAUGUUGUGUUUUGAGAAUAAAAUGAGCUUCAUGUUGACCUUAAAUGCAGAACCAAAAUGAAUUGUUGUGAAAUGAUUUUUUUCCAGCAGAAGACAGAUUGUUGUUUUAUGAGUUUGCAUUUUGCAAAUAUUUAUUAUGAUUUAUUGUACUAUUUAUUCUCUCAUCAUGGAGACUGAACUGGCCUUUAUCAGUGAUUUCUUUUUCUUUCUCAAUCUUUCUGUGAGUUCUGGAAAGAGCUAAUAAAGGAGCCGGAUGACAGUGAACUUUAACCUCGUGAUGCAGGAAUCGGCCUCAGUCUUCCUUUUUCAGUGUUAUAUGAUUUUACAGACACUCAUGUGAGUUGACAUGGCUCUCACUUCCCAGCUGUAUAAAGUCAGUAGAUUUAGUGACCAGUCCUAAUUAAACACAUAAUAAAAGUAUCUACAAAUGGA